GUUGUCCAACCGUCAAUUAACCGUCCAACGACUCUGAUUCAUCGCUUCCGUUUACCCUUACCUACUUUCAUGCGCACUUUCGUAUUGAGACAUUCAUGAAACGAGGCAGGCGUAUUAAUCAAUGAAGGACGGCUAGAGAACGGUCACAUCCCUCAUUUUUCUAGUUCUUAACCAUACCACAAAAAUGGAUGCUUAUUCGUGACCAGUGGAUCAACGGAUGGGUGAGUGAGUGAGACGGAUGACGUCCGAGAGCGUACUUUCUCUAGCGCGGAUCUAACUCCAUUCAAAGGUCAUGUCCAUCGGUUAGAAAGUAGGCCACUGGCCUCGCUUGGAAAACCUGUUAAGCGUUGUCUUUGGCUCGGCUGUUUGACGCAUUGUUUACGGCUACGCCCUGGACCGAUUUUGACGCCGCAACGUUCAGAGAAUGGAUAAAAGCAGAGGUCCCCUCUCAAUGAAUUUUCAAUUCACUUACCGCCCCCAAAUCUGCCUUCAGCCAAAAGUCACCCUAGUAUCAAUACCCCAUCCUCCUUGCUCUAUAUUCUGCUACUCUUGCGUCGUAAUGUCUCUCACUCCUAUCAAGUCAUCCUCCACCACUGUAGCCUCCGUCACGGCACAAAAAAGCUUACACUCUAACCUCGUCCCCGGCUCAAUGAUACCCAUGAACUUCGAUAAGGAGAGUGCUCCUGGAGAUAGCGCUGAUAAGGGCAACGGGGGUCCCCAGUGCUGCCACUGCGGCUGGCGUGGCUCUCAUGCUCCCAACUGCCCCUUCAAGUAAGAUAUCUUGAACGUUGUACUUUUGAUGCGCUCAACUUAUGAGAUCGCUGUCCUCUAUCUACUAUGCAAUCCGUGUUCUUGCUACUGUCUUCCUAUCAUGUUAUUCGCUUCUAUUUCCCGUUGCUGAGCUUCCAGAUUGUACUUCCUACAUUUCUUCUCCUGUGCUGUUUCAUUACCCAGUUUCUAUUCUGCUAUUAUGCAUUUAAUAUAGUUCACCUCUCAUCCCAUAACCAUCGCCCCCUGUAUUCACAUCUACCAGACCAACGUUCAGGCAAUAUCUAUCCAAUGUCGG